UGAGUGAAAAAUCAUCGAUCGAGCUCGACGAGUGCGACGGACAGUUAGUGUGAAGUUGAUCUCUAUUAUGAGUGUGGAAAUUGGUUGAGUUUGGCGGAAAUUCAUCAAAAAGCUCAUAAAGUGUGUAUUGAAUUAUCCCACAUAAUAAUGGGUGAUGCUGAGGAGACAAAGAAAAAAAAAAAGAAAGGCUCACGGAAGGCUUCAAAGUGUGAGGAUCCUGGAGAAUUGGCUAAGGAGCCGAGUGAGAGCACAGCUGCAGUGCAGGAUGAAAUUGUUCAUCCCGAAGAGUCUGAAGCGGAACCCAAGGAUCCCAAUGACGCCUCAGAUAAAGAGAAAUCCAUGGCGGCUACACUAUUGGAGGAAAUCAUGAACGAAGGUCCUGCUGCACUGCCGGACGAGAAUGAACCCUACGUGGUGCCCAUCGCGGUCAAGGCAGGCGACAUAAACGCCCUCCGUGACUUGGACGAACGAAAAAUCAUCGAAUUGAAGGAAGCUUUCAAUCUGUUCGACUUGAAUGGCGAUGGAUUUAUCGAUGCUGCCGAUCUUAAGAGCACCUACGGAACGCUCGGACAAGAAAUCUCUGAUGAUCAAGUGUCCUCAAUGCUGUCAGAGGCAAUGGAACCCCUGGACUUUGAUGCUUUUGUCGUGCUUCUCGGGUACAAAACCAUAGAACUCGAUCCCGAAGAGGUGCUCCUCGAAGCCUUGAGCAAAUGGGACAAGAAUCGCACAGGAUUGAUCAGUCACGAUCGCAUCAAGCAUGAUUUGAUGAAAUUCGGCGACAGAUUCUCCUUCAAUGAGGCCGAAAGUGCUCUAGACGAGGCCCCCAUUGCGAAGGGCACUGGAGAGGGAUUCAAUUGCCACGGCCCUGCCAUGAUUGAUUAUCCAGCUUUCUGCAAGAUUAUUGGUGGUUUUCGCAAACGCAUGAAAACCAAAGCUAUGGAAAAUAUGAUGUAAUUUAAAUUGUGUUGUUCUUAUUUUGUGUUUAAUCCAAUAUUUAACCAUAUAUCACACUUACUUUCUAAAAAGUCUCUCUUAUGAUAUGAUGCAAAGGGUAAUGUAAGUUUUAUAUCAACAUAUGUAUGUUUAUCAAAUAAAUGCUAUGGAGUUUUGUCA